AUGGCUCAUAAAAAAGCUAUUGAAGCACUGAACCGUUCAUUGAUUGAUCUGACUGGUAAAAAUGAUAUCAUGGGUCGGAUUACGAUUGCAUUUUCAUGUGAUUUCCGUCAAAUUUUACCUGUUGUGCCUCGGGGUACUAAAACUGAUGAAAUACAUGUAUGUAUUAAAUCGUCAAAUUUCUGGGAACAUGUUAUUAGAUUGAAACUUACGUCUAAUAUACGAGUACAAUUAAAUGAAUUUAGUAAGUUUUUAUUGGAUAUUGGAGAGGGAAAAUUACCGAUAGACGAAAAUAAUCAUUGA